CUCAUUCAUUUUUUACAAUCUAAAGAUAUUCUUGUAUGGGGUGGAAAUGUAGGUCAAGUGGAAGGAUAUCAAGUCAGUUGCACAUUACAAGCUACUACCUUCCCAUUUAUGGCGGUCAUUGCAUUACAUUCUGGUUCCUCUAGCUCAACUCCAAAAAUGUCAGUAGUUGAUCGUAUGGAAGGUCCCAUGCCUCCUGCUACUCUUAUUCAACGUCUUGAAGCAACCAUCCGGCGUCAUGGUUCUAUUCUAAAUCGAAUGAAAAUGGAACGUGAUCAAAGAGAUAUGGAACGUCGACUACGAGAAGAACAAGAUCAAGCUUAUCUGGAAAGUUUGAAGGCGGAUCAAGAAAAGGAACGUAAAGCACAAGAAGAACGUCAAGCUCAAGCACUUGAAGAAGAAAAACGAAAUCAAGCACGUCAAGAACAUGAACUAUAUAUCAAGAAGCGUGAACAAUAUAUCCAAUCUCUCUGCCAUACCAUCUCUGAAGAGCCUGGACCAGAUUAUCAAGGAAAAGUCACCAAAUUGAAUUUUCGACUUGCUAAUGGUGACCGUGUGAUACGUCAAUUCAAGGAAACAGACACCAUCGAGACAUUAUAUCAAUUCGUAGAAGCCUAUCCAUUCAUUAAAAGCGGUCAAACGAGUCCUGUAUCUCCACCUACGGAAUAUCAACAUAAGUAUCGUUUUACUAUUCAUUCACCCUUCCCACGUACUGUAUAUGAUAUGGAAAAGGAUCGAACUUUAUUGAAUGUGCCUAGUUUGUGGCCUAGUGCGACCUUGAUUGUGGAUGCAUACGAAGAAGAUGAUGAUGAAGAAUAG